UUAAGCUAAACGUUACAAGCAUCCUCUAGAUCAUAACUGAAACGGCUAAGGGUUAGAUUAUCUUACUCACAGCUGAUUCAGGCUUGAAAGUUAAUUUCAAAUGGCUGAAAGCAAUUAUUUUGCAAGUAACAACAGAAGGCAUUGGAUUUGGAAGAAUAUGAAUAGUGUUGGUGAGAAAGUGAAAAGAUAUUCAGGUUUGGCAUGGAGAACAGCAGUGAAAGUAGGGAAAGAGGAUCCAAGAAGGGUGGUCCAUUCUUUGAAAGUGGGCCUGGCUUUGACACUAGUUUCUUUGCUGUAUCUAAUAAAGCCUUUGUUCAGAGGGAUUGGACAAAAUGCCAUGUCAGCUGUUCUCACUGUGGUUGUGGUGAUGGAGUUUACUGUUGGAGCAACAUUAGGCAAAGGACUGAAUAGAGGGUUGGGGACUCUGCUGGCAGGAUCAUUGGCAUUUCUUGUUGAGUAUAUUGCAGACAUCGCUGGUCGGGUUUUUCAAGCUGUUUUCAUUGGUGCUGCAGUUUUUGUUUUAGGAGCUACGACUACUUAUGUGAGAUUCAUCCCCCAUAUCAAGAAGAAUUAUGACUAUGGUGUUAUGAUAUUUCUCUUGACUUUCAAUUUGAUAACUGUGUCAAGUUACCGUGUUGAUAAUGUGUGGGAAAUUGCAAAAGAUCGUAUAGCCACCAUUGCUAUAGGUGGUGGCCUAUGUCUUGUAAUGAGCCUAUUGGUUUUCCCAAACUGGUCAGGGGAAGACCUCCAUAAUUCCACCAUAUCAAAGCUCGAAGGUCUAGCCAACUCUAUAGAAGCUUGUGUAGUGAGAUAUUUUCAUGAUUCUGAAAAUCAAGAAACUCAAGAUGAUUCAACUGAGGAUCUUAUUUACAAAGGUUACAAGGCUGUUCUAGAUUCCAGAGCUAAAGAUGAAACACUGGCAUUACAAGCAAGCUGGGAGCCAAGAUGGUCAAGGUAUUGGCACAGAAUCCCAUGGAGGCAAUAUACAAAAGUGGGAACUACUCUUCGCCAGUUUAGUUACACUGUUGUUGCCCUACAUGGGUGUCUGCUGUCUGAAAUUCAGACACCGGGGUCGAUUCGAGCCCUAUACAAAGACUCUUGCAUCAAACUUGCAGAAGAAGUGUCUAAAGCACUAAGGGAACUGGCCAACAGCAUAAGGGACAAACGUCAAUUCUCCCCUCAAGUACUCUCUGAUAAUCUCAAUGAAGCUCUACAAAACCUCAACGAUGACUUGAAAUCCCAACCACAACUCUUCCUAGGCUCAAAGAAGUUUGGUGGAACCACACAUCCUGAAGAAGACACUAAAGUCUCAUUUUCAAGUGUUAGGAGUGAUUGUUCUUCCAUGUUUGAAUAUAAAUCCAAAGAGCAUUCUGGUGAAAUGUCAAUGGAGGGACACAAGAAGGUUUUGAAGCCACUGAUGAGUAAGAUUGCGAUGACUAGCCUUGAGUUCUCAGAAGCACUGCCUUUUGCUGCUUUCACUUCUAUGCUUGUGGAAAUGGUGGCAAAGCUGGAUCAUGUUAUAGAUGCAGUUGAGGACUUGGCCAAAUUGUCACGCUUUAGAGAGUUCAGAGAUGAAGAUGAGAUUGUUGUGACUUGUGAGAGACCAAAAGUAGCUAACAAUGACUUGCCUUCUUAUGCAUUAGAUUAAUCCACUUGGAUUGUUAUGGGAGUAUAUAUACAUAUUCUCCCUCAGCGUUUCAUGUUGUUAUCAUCCCACCAGCAGAGUUAAGUGUUUAAGUGCGUGAAUAAGGCAUAUGUGGGUAUAGCAGUUGUUUAGUUUUAGGUCUUCUUAAAGCAUAAAUGUGAUCAAAAGCUAAUAAUUUUAUUAGCAGACGUUUUAAUCACAACGUAACAAUUUGUGUGUCAAAGAAUCUCAAUUGAUUCAGUAGAAUGCAUGAAUGUUGAAAUCA